AUGGAAAAUCCAGAAAAUCCCGUAGUGACUGGAUGUUUCCACGUCCUAUUUCGACGCUCCAUGUACAUAACGCUAUCAAUUAUGACGAUUUUGGUGGUCCUUACGUUAUACAACGAUUUCCUAAACAACCCCACUCUAACCAGCCUUGACGAUUCCACGUUUCCGGUAACUAACGUCCCCUUCCCUGGAAUUUCAGUCUGUAGUUUAAACAAAAUCAGCAAACGGAAAGCGGAAAAGUUCGCGGAACGUUUGGUGGAGCUAACUGGGAAAAAUCGAACUGUGAUGAUGAAUUACGUUCGUUUCAUCGGGCAGCUGUAUGAUUUUGACUUCAUACCGUCAACGGUUGACGAUCUUUUAGAGUUUCAAAAAAUUUUAAAUAACUCUGGGUUUAAGUUAACUGAUGUGAUUAAAGAACUGGCCAUAAACUGCGACGAAUUAUUGGAGUCGUGUAUGUGGCAAAGAGUGGACGUGAAGUGUUCUGAAAUAUUUCAAAUGAAACUGACUCACGAUGGUUACUGUUGUGUUUUCACUAACAACAAUAGUUUUCACACGAAAAAGCCAGAUAAAGCGGUUUUUACAACGGAAGCCGGCAUUAAUCACGGUCUCCAGAUUGUAGUCAGAAACCAACUAGACGACUACUUUUAUUCCAUAAUAUCUUCUAUUGGUAUAACAGUACAGAUUUUUGAUUCGUAUGACUAUCCAGACAAACCCAGCGGCAACAUGAAGGAAAUUUUAAUAGAAAACGGCUCUGAAAGCUUCAUCGAAAUUAACCCCACCACGUAUGAAGCGGUGGCAGACGUUAGAGACUACCCUGUGGAAAAAAGGGGGUGUAUUUUCAGAAGAGAGAGUCCGACGAUAUUUGGCAGCCUGUAUUCACUAAGUAACUGCAUCGUCGGCUGCAGAAUCGAAAGUGCUUUAGCUCUUUGUCAAUGUAUACCAUUCAAGCUCCCCCUUUCCAAUGAAAGUACCGUGUGUACCAUAGAAGAUAUUCCAUGUGUGCAUAGAUACAGAGACAAAUGGUUCACCAUGGCACCUGAUGAAGACGUACAAGAACAUCUUCCCAGAGAACAACACGACGCACUUAGAUGUUCCAGAAAGUGCUAUCCGAAAUGCAGCGGAACAUUUUACGACGUUCAAAUUAAUUCAUUUCCACUUUUCAACAAAACACUAGUAACUUUGGAGGUCUGUUUGGGCUUCUAA